UCUGUGUUGCACUACUGUCCAGGCCAGGGAGGGAGAGAGGAGAGAGAGAGGAGAGAGAGGGGAGGGAGAGAGGAGAGAGAGCAGUGGACUGACGGUCUCUCAGCAUAAGCAAAUUGCUAAUAACUUAUACUCUAUGCUGGGAGGGUGAGGGGAAGCUAUACCAGAGAGAGAGCGAGACAGAGAGAGAGAGAGAGCACAUCAGAGCGGAAAGAAAAAAACUGCCUAAUGUCAAUUGGACCGGAAAAGUCGGCCCCCAGUUCAUCUUUGCCUCAGCACUGACUGAUUUGGGGAUGCAUUCUGAAUUCACCACGUUCUCGUGGUCUCAGUCGUGUGUAACCAUAACCUUAAAUUGCCACACUUGCCGGUAGCCUGUUUCAGACUGCAGCUUAGCUCACUAUGCGCAUCAGCGCGGACUAAAUCACCCUCAAAGCUGCCGUAUGCUCCGACAGAUCAGAACCACGGACAGCGACUAGCACAGCGACUCUACGGACUGAAAGAGGAGAGUUACUGUGGACUUGUACAGAACUCAUCACAGGAACAACUCUCUCUGAGGUCUGUCUGAUCAGAAGUGCGUUGGACUCCAUUCUCUCCUCCUCAGUAGAUUCUCUUUAGAAGCCCCACAGUGAAGACACAGUGAUACCUUUGGACAAUUGAAGCAAGCGCACACAUUUGCCUCAGGAAAUGUUCUGCUGCUGUUGUCCUCUGCCAGUCCAUGUUGCUUCCGUGAGUACUCGGCCACAACAAAGUCUACAACUGAAGAUAUGUGGUUUUGUCAUUUUCCUAUGGAGCAAUAAAGCCCAGCUGCUAUGUUCACUUUAUUACUGAGGGGAUUCCCAGGUUAUGGAGUUGUGUUGUGAGACCGUGAUGUCAGCAGUAGAACAGCAGACUCAAUGGAACUGCGCUGAGAGAGGGAAUGCACCAGUCUGUAUGGCUUAAACAAACCAUAAUAUAUCAAUGCAAUUCUCCCAACCUGAAUUUGUCCCAUUUCCCUCUCGGUCCUAGGAGUGUUGUCUUUUUCAAACCAAUCAAUGGAGGACAUGUUGCGUUAGUCUAAGGAGUGGGAGUGCAUUCUUUUCAAUAAUGUAAAAAAAUCUGAAUGUAUCUCUUAAUCUAGUAGGGAUUGAUAUGGUACACUUGACUUUUGCCCCUAAAAUAACUUUGAGAACAAACUGUAAAGUAGGACUACAAGUGAAGUCGGACUACAACUUUUGUUUUGGAGGACUACAACAGGAAGUUCAGUAGAACUAUAACCCCCAUUACCCACCAUGGUGUUGCCACAGCCAGACAAGCGCCAUGUGUGCCUGACCACAAUGGUGAUCAUGACCAGCAUGGCCUUCAUGGAUGCCUACCUAGUAGAGCAGAACCAAGGGCCCAGGAAGAUUGGGGUGUGCAUAAUCGUGCUGGUGGGAGACAUCUGUUUCCUCAUCGUGCUGCGCUAUGUGGCUGUUUGGGUCGGGGCCGAGGUGAAAACUGCCAAGCGUGGCUAUGCCAUGAUCCUCUGGUUCCUCUACAUCUUCGUCCUGGAGAUCAAACUCUACUUCGUAUUCCAGAACUACAAGGCGGACAGGAAGAGCCUGGAGACGGUGGCCCGCAAGGCUCUAACCUUACUCCUCUCUGUGUGCGUCCCGGGGCUGUACCUGGUCCUUGUUGCUCUGGACAGCAUGGAGUACGUGAGAACCUUCCGGAAGAAGGAGGACAUGCGUGGGAGGCUGUUCUGGGUGGCCCUGGACCUGCUGGAUGUUCUGGACAUCCAGGCCAACCUGUGGGAGCCCCAGCGGACGGGCCUACCCAUCUGGGCAGAGGGACUGAUGUUCUUCUACUGCUACAUCCUCCUCCUUAUCCUGCCCUGUGUCUCCCUGUCUGAGAUCAGUGUCCAGGGGGAGCACGUCUCGCCCCAGAAGAUGAUGCUCUACCCCAUUCUUAGUCUUGUUACCAUAAACAUAGUGACGAUCUUGAUCCGUGGGGUCAACAUGGUGCUGUUCCAGGAUAGUAGGGUUUCCACAAUCUUCAUAGGGAAGAACGUUGUGGCCAUAGCCACAAAGGCCUGUACGUUUCUGGAGUACAGGAGGCAGGUGAAGGAGUUCCCUCCACAGGACCCUAGCAUGGCAGGUAUAGCAUUAGAGCUGCAGCAAGGGAACUCUGUGGGUCACAGCCACGGGCACAACCAGACCUUGCCCAAUGCCACCACUAGCCUCCCCGACGAACCAUCACCGACCGAGGUCAUAGACACAUGACCCUCGCCCAUGGAUAGUUACAUCCUUUUCACACUGUAAUGCUGAGUGGAUCCAUACUGUGAUGGCUUGGAUAUUUUUCUUUCACACUGUGCUUUCCAGCAACUACCAGCGCAGUACAGCUUGGCUUAACUUGGCUCAGUAGUGUGAAAAGUGUGGCAAGUGUCUGGCCCUGGGCACAGCUAGACUGGACUAGACUUCUCAGAGCUCAGCUAGACUGGACUAGACAUCUCAGAGCACAGUAUGAACCCAACAAAGACUGUUUCCGUCCAAUGGGGUGGCAGAAAGAAACACCAUGUUUCACUGAGUCCGCUCCAGCUCAGGAAAACGGCCCAGCGCCUUGCCAGCCAGCCUACCAGAUGAACUGAUGAGAUCAUUCUGAUAAAGACUGAUGUGUUUUUCUAUUCUAUUGUGAGUGUUUCUAUACUUCUCUAUGGUGGACUAGCAGACAGACAGACAGACACAUACAGGUGACCUCAGAUACAAAGCCCAGCUCAGCUGACAUGAGCUUAUAGUCCACCUGUAACCAGACCUGGGUGCAAGUACUAUUUGAAAUAACUUCAAAUACUUUAUCUGGACUUGAUUGAGCUUGCCUGGUACAAUGGAACCAAUGGAAUAGUAUCAAGACUGCAAACCACACCCAUCUGGCACUCCAGGCAGGCUGAACAAACACAAUUUUUUUUUUUUAAGAUUUCCAGUAGUACUUGAACCCAGGUCUCCUGUAAACUCCUUGUCCUUUUUGACUCACUGGUAUUUUUUGUAAUUCCAAGACAUUGUUUUUAAGUGAUGGUGUAAUGCUGUAAUUCUCUUUGUCAUUUUAAAUAUUUAUACAGUACCAGUCAAAAGUUUGGACACAUCUACUCAUUCAAGGGUUUUUCUAGAUUUUU